AUGUUAGGACGAGACGAAGAAAUGGUCCGAACGAUGAGCGGGAGAGGAAGUUUAGGCUCCACCAGUCACCGGAGUUUUCCCGGAGCUUCAAGAAGCUUCAGAGACGUAUUCGUUCCUCUUGAAGCGGACGAGGUAUUCGGGAGAAGCAAACGGCGAGAGGAAGAUGACGUGGAGCUCCGGUGGGCGGCGAUCGAGAGAUUACCGACGUACGAUAGGCUACGUAAAGGUAUUUUGCCGCAACAAACGACGGUCAACGGGAAGGGUAGGCUUGAAGAAGUCGACCUCACGAAGCUAGCACCUAAGGAGAAGAAACACCUCAUGGAGAUUAUUUUGAAGUUCGUCGAAGAAGAUAACGAGAAGUUUCUCCGUCGACUGAGAGAAAGAACAGACAGAGUGGGAAUCGAAGUUCCGAAGAUUGAAGUAAGGUAUGAGGAUAUAUCAGUGCAAGGUGAUGUACGUAGUGCAAGCAGAGCACUUCCUACUCUCUUCAACGUCACUUUGAAUACACUUGAGAGCAUUCUUGGAAUGUUUCACCUCCUUCCAUCUAAAAAGAGCAAGAUUCAGAUACUUAAAAAUAUCAGUGGCAUUGUCAAACCAUCAAGGAUGACUUUAUUACUUGGUCCACCAAGUUCAGGGAAAACAACGUUCUUAAAAGCUUUGGCUGGAAAGCUUGAUGACACCGUCCAGAUGUCUGGGAGGAUAACAUACUGUGGUCAUGAGUUUACCGAGUUUGUUCCUCAAAAGACAUGUGCCUACAUUAGUCAACAUGACUUUCACUUUGGAGAAAUGACUGUGAGAGAGACUCUAGACUUCUCUGGACGCUGUCUAGGUGUUGGGACUCGGUACCAGCUGCUGACUGAGCUCUCAAGGAGGGAGAGAGACGCUGGAAUAAAGCCAGACCCUGAGAUUGAUGCAUUCAUGAAAUCUAUUGCAAUAUCAGGGCAAGAAACUAGUUUGGUUACAGACUAUAUACUUAAGAUACUUAGUCUUGACAUUUGUGCUGACAUACCUGUUGGAGAUGAGAUGAGACGAGGUGUUUCUGGUGGACAGAGGAAGCGUCUAACAACAGGAGAGAUGUUGGUAGGACCAGCAACAGCUCUUUUCAUGGAUGAAAUAUCAACAGGGUUAGACAGUUCCACAACAUUUCAGAUUUGCAAGUUCAUGAGGCAAUUAGUUCAUAUAUCUGAUGUAACAAUGAUCAUCUCUCUUCUGCAACCUGCACCAGAGACAUUCGAGCUUUUUGACGACAUUAUCCUGCUCUCAGAGGGUCAAAUUGUCUACCAGGGCCCUAGGGACAAGGUUCUUGAGUUCUUUGAGCACAUGGGGUUCCAAUGUCCUGAAAGGAAAGGUGUUGCAGACUUUCUGCAAGAAGUCACCUCUAAGAAGGACCAAGAACAGUAUUGGAACAGGAGAGAACAAUCUUACAGUUAUGUCUCAGUGAGUGACUUCUCCAGCGGCUUCAACUCUUUCCACACUGGGCAACAACUAGCUUCAGACAUCAGGUCUCCUUAUGACAAAGCUAAAACCCAUCCUGCUGCCUUAGUGACAGAGAAGUAUGGUAUAUCAAACUGGGAGCUCUUCAAGGCAUGCUUUGAUAGAGAAUGGCUUCUUAUGAAACGCAACUCCUUUGUGUAUGUCUUCAAAACCGUCCAGAUAACGAUCAUGUCUUUGAUUGCCAUGACGGUCUAUCUUAGGACCAAAAUGCAUGUAGGCACGGUGCAAGAUGGUCAGAAGUUUUAUGGUGCAUUGUUUUUCAGUUUGAUCAAUGUAAUGUUUAAUGGAAUGGUUGAACUAGGAUUCACAGUCAUGAGACUUCCUGUUUUCUACAAGCAGAGAGACUUCUUGUUCUAUCCUCCAUGGGCUUUCGCCUUACCAGCUUGGCUUCUAAAGAUCCCAAUAUCUCUUAUUGAGUCAGGAAUAUGGAUAGCUUUUACAUAUUACACUAUUGGUUUUGCUCCUGCUGCUUCCAGGUUUUUCCGACAGUUGUUGGCAUACUUCUGUGUGAAUCAGAUGGCACUUUCUUUGUUUAGAUUCCUUGGAGCCGUUGGAAGAACAGAAGUGAUCGCCAACUCGGUUGGAACUUUCAAUGCUAAUUAUGAUAUCCCACCAUGGAUGACUUGGGCCUAUUAUAUAUCCCCUAUGAUGUAUGGACAGACUGCUAUUGCUAUGAAUGAGUUUCUAGAUGACAGAUGGGGAGCGCCCAACACUGAUACCCGCAUCAAUGCGAAAACAGUUGGAGAAGUUCUUCUGAAGAGCAGAGGCUUCUCUACAAAGCCAUAUUGGUUCUGGAUCUGUAUCGUGGCGCUACUCGGGUUUUCUUUGUUGUUCAAUCUCUUUUACAUUAUAGCCUUGAUGUAUUUGAACCCUCUUGGUGACUCCAAAGCUACAGUUGUGGAAGAAGAUAAAGACAAACAGAAAGGAACAGAAGAAGUUGCAGGUUCUCUUGUGGAACUCAGUAGUCAUUCAAGUAAUGUGCCAAAGAGAGGAAUGGUUUUACCUUUCCAACCACUUUCUCUUGAAUUCAACAAUGUUAACUACUACGUAGACAUGCCUGCAGAAAUGAAAGCUCAAGGAGUUGAAGGAGAUCGCCUUCAGUUACUAAGAGACGUUAGUGGAGCUUUUAGGCCAGGGAUAUUGAGAGCAUUGGUCGGUGUCAGUGGUGCAGGUAAGACAACCUUAAUGGAUGUCUUGGCCGGAAGAAAAACAGGAGGCUACAUUGAAGGGAGUAUUAGCAUAUCUGGUUACCCAAAGAACCAAUCAACAUUUGCCAGAGUCUCUGGUUACUGUGAACAGAAUGAUAUCCAUUCUCCACAUGUUACAGUUUAUGAAUCCCUCAUCUACUCAGCUUGGCUUCGUCUUUCCGUGGAUAUAGAUGCCAAAACACGAGAGAUGUUUGUUGAAGAAGUAAUGGAGUUAGUGGAGUUAAAACCUCACAGAAACUCUAUAGUUGGCCUUCCUGGAGUUGAUGGUCUUUCAACAGAACAGAGAAAGAGGCUAACUAUUGCAGUUGAAUUGGUUGCUAACCCUUCUAUCAUCUUCAUGGACGAGCCUACAUCUGGUCUUGAUGCAAGAGCUGCUGCCAUUGUCAUGCGUACAGUUAGAAACACUGUUGAUACAGGGAGAACUGUUGUUUGUACCAUUCACCAGCCUAGCAUCGACAUUUUCGAAUCUUUUGAUGAGCUUCUGUUGAUGAAACGUGGAGGGCAAGUUAUAUAUGCUGGAAGUCUAGGGCAUCACUCACAAAAACUCAUAGAAUAUUUUGAGGCUGUUGAAGGGGUUCCAAAGAUCAAGGACGGAUACAAUCCUGCAACAUGGAUGCUUGAUGUCACUACUCCUUCAAUGGAGUCACAAAUGAGCUUGGACUUUGCUCAAAUAUUCGCAAACUCUUCUCUUUAUCGGAGCAACCAGGAACUCAUCAAAGAGCUAAGUACUCCACCACCAGGAUCAAAUGAUCUCUACUUCCUAACUAAGUACUCACAACCGUUUUGGACUCAAACCAAAGCUUGCUUCUGGAAACAGUAUUGGUCAAACUGGAGAUACCCUCAGUACAAUUCCAUCAGGUUUCUCAUGACUAUAGCCAUUGGUAUCGUUUUUGGUUUGAUCUUCUGGCAAACAGGAACCAAAAUAGAGAAAGAACAAGACCUUAAUAACUUCUUUGGAGCCAUGUAUGCUGCUGUACUGUUCCUUGGUGCCACCAAUGCUGCAGCAGUUCAACCUGUAAUAGCCAUUGAGAGAACUGUCUUCUACCGUGAAAAAGCUGCUGGAAUGUACUCAGCCAUCCCCUAUGCAAUGUCUAAGGUGGCGGUGGAGAUCAUGUACAACACGAUACAAACAGGAGUUUACACGCUAAUCCUUUACUCAAUGAUAGGAUACGAUUGGACAGUGACCAAGUUCUUCUGGUUCUACUACUACAUGUUAACAAGCUUCAUCUACUUCACUCUAUAUGGUAUGAUGCUUAUGGCCUUGACACCAAACUAUCAAAUCGCUGGAAUAUGCAUGUCCUUCUUCAUCGUUCUUUGGAAUCUCUUCUCCGGUUUCCUUAUCCCUAGACCGCAAAUCCCUAUAUGGUGGAGAUGGUACUACUGGGCAACACCAGUGGCUUGGACAUUGUAUGGAAUCAUCACAUCUCAAGUAGGAGACAAAGAUUUGAUAGUGCAUAUCACUGGUCUGGGAGACACGAAUCUGAAAACGUUGCUCAAAGAUGGAUUGGGGUUCGAACAUGACUUCUUACCAGUUGUAGCUGCUGUCCACAUUGCAUGGAUACUACUCUUUGUCUUUGUCUUUGCUUAUGGUAUCAAGUUCCUCAACUUUCAAAGAAGGUGA